CUCAACUCGACUCAGCUCGCUCGCCCGCUGCCAACCAUGCAGCAUCAGCCACCCAGACCCCCAGCAGACCGCUACGUCGCGCCGACGGCGCCGCACGUCCCGAUCCACGCGGUGCAGAGCCUGAUCCCGCGCCUCGCGACGACCAUCAACGACAUUGACGGGCUCAAGGCGCAGCUCGCGGCCGGCAACGCGGACAGGAGCAUGCCUAGCUGGGACACACUGCUCCAGCGCUACGCCAUCCUCCUGGGCCGCGUGCAGAGCCUGACGAGCUACAUCUCCCAGCCGCCCGUACAGCGGGGCACGGGUGCUGGCGCCGUUGCGCCUGGCGCUGUGCGCCCCCCUCCGCCCCCCGGACCAGGAGUGACGGGCAGUACGACGCCAGCAGAGACGGCCUCCGCGCUGGCGCACUACCUCGUGCACCCUCUGCAUCCCUUGCCGUCGGACGCGAGCCCAAUGGCAAACGACACGCUCCUGCAGGCGAUCAACACGCAGCUCCUCCCCUCCGUGUCGGGUGCGCAGGAGCAGCUCCUCGCCCCGGCAGAGGGCGACGGCGAGGGCCCGCACCCCGCCGACUUUCUGCCGCUCGACGAGCUCAACCGCCUCGACGAGCCCGCGCUCACCGGCCGCACCAACAAACUCAAGAACCGCCUCGCGCGCGAGUCGCACCGCGCACAGGCGAUGAAGAGAGAAAUAGACACACAGUUUGAGCAAUACGACUGGGCCAUGCGCCUCGACGACGCCGCCGACGAGGGCGACAAGGGCGAUGAGGACGACGACGACGACGAUGAUCUGUUUGGCGGUGACGAGGACGACGACGGCGACGCGACCAUGGCCACGGCCAAGGCUGAGGCUCCGGCACCCAUCCCCAAUCCCCGAGCAGGCUGGACCAUUACAGACUACCUUCGUCUGUUGGACACGGGCAGAGGACCAACGCCGGCGGCUCCGUCGACAGCAGCGGGAGCGGCUGGUGCUGCGCCAGCAACAUCACAACCCGCGGCGGCUCCUGCUCCCGCCGCGGCCUAA